CACCACUUUCUCUCUCGUUCAUAUUUUUCACUCGCUUCGAAAAUUUUGGGGGCAAAAACCAAGGCCGAGCAGAGCAUAGAGAUGAUGAGAGAGGAGGUUAUCAGCUCCGGAGGGACCAUUGAUCCUGCUCCUGCUGCGAGUUCUGCUGGGGCAUCCUCUCCUGCUGUUCCUACAAAUGUUGGCAGUAGAGAUGGUUCCAGUCAUGGACAUGGAUCCAGGGCGGCUUCUCUGUCGUGUGUUGGUUCACAACCACCACGGACUUCCUUGAGCACAAGUGCUGGCGGUUCAGCUUUUGGAUCAUCAAGACCUUCAUGUAGACCAUGGGAAAGAGGGGAUUUACUGAGGCGCUUGGCUACCUUUAAGCCUUUGAAUUGGUUUGGGAAACCUAAGGCUGUUAGUUCAUUGACUUGUGCUCAGAAAGGUUGGAUGAAUGUUGAUGUUGAUAAAAUUGAAUGUGAAUCAUGUGGUGCAUACUUGAGUUUUGUGUUCUUACCAUCGUGGGCCCCUGCCGAAGUCCAAAAGGCUGGUGAAGCCUUUGCCAAACAGCUGGAUUCUGCGCACAAAGUCAGUUGUCCUUGGAGGGGAAAUAGCUGCCCAGAAAGCUUGGUGCAGUUUCCUCCAACCCCUCAAUCUGCCCUGAUUGGGGGAUACAAAGAUAGAUGUGAUGGACUUCUGCAAUUUCAAUCUCUUCCCAUUGUGGCCACAUCUGCAAUUGAGCUGAUGCGGGUUUCUCGGGGCCCACAGGUUGACCGCUUUCUGUCAGGGGAAGUAGAUAUUAAACCAGAGAGUAUACCAGAACUUGAAAGCUCUCAGGAUGGAGCAUUGUGUUUAUAUUCUCGGGCCCAGAAGCUUAUAAGCGUCUGUGGAUGGGAACCAAGAUGGCUUUUAAAUGUUCAAGACUGCGAAGAACAUUCUGCUCAAUCAGCGAGGAAUGGAUAUUCAGUUGGCCCUACCCAGGCCCAGCUCCAUCUAUCACAGGAUCCUGGAUCAAGCAAGAAACCACUGCCUGGGGCAGCUAAAAGAGAUACUGGGAAGAGUAAAGUGUUAGUUAAGGAUUCUAGAUGUGAGUCCAGGUCACCUUUGCUUGAUUGUGGCUUAUGUGGUGCCACAGUUAGGAUAUCGGAUUUCUUAACAGUUACUCGACCUGCUCGGUUCACUCCCAACAAUAUUGAUAUUCCAGAUGCAAGCAAAAAAAUGGGAUUGACACGUGGGGUAAGUGCAGCCAGUGGAAUUAGUGGCUGGGUUGCUGCUGAUGACAUGGAAAGAGAACAUACUGAAGACCGUGAUGAAGUUGCAACCACAAAUGAUGGAAAAUUGCAGACAAACCCAGAUGUUGAUUUGAACCUUACGAUGGCAGGAGGUUUACCUUUUACUCAAUCGGGCAGGAUGUCUGAAAAUAUUCAUGAUGCAGCAGAUAUGGGACGGGACCUCAUAAUUGGGCAGCCUGCAGGCAGUGAGGUUGGUGACCGUGCAGCUUCAUAUGAAUCACGGGGUCCCAGCUCUCGUAAGCGGAGCUUGGAGAAAGGUGGAAGCUCAGAUGAUAGGCCACACUUAAGGAUGCAACAAGCUGAUAGCGUUGAAGGCACUGUCAUUGAUCGUGAUGGUGAUGAAGUCACAGAUGGCAGACAAUAUUCAGCUGGGCCUUCAAAACGUGCUCGUGACUCUGAUAUUUUUGAUACAAACUGUUCAUCAUAUCAUAGAGAUUCAUCUGGUGCUGGUCCUAGCCAGUCAAUGGGCUUUGAACUUUACACAGAAGGCAACAGAGUUGCAUCAUUUCGAUAUGGAAGUGACCAACCUAUAGGGAUCCAAUCAGCUAGGGAUUCUACACGUGCGUCAUCAGUCAUUGCAAUGGAUACUGUUUGCCAUAGUCCAAAUGAUGACUCUAUGGAAAGUGUAGAAAAUUAUCCAGCAGAUGUCGAUGAUGUCCACUUCCCCUCUUCUAGUGUAUAUGGAAAUCUGGACAUGAAUGAUACAUCGGAAUUGAAUUAUAGUAACCAGGCUCAGCAGAGCAUUGGAUUCCAACCAGCUGCUGCAGUCCCAGGAGAAAUGGGUGUUAGUAGUACAAAUGAUGGGGAAGAGAUUUUCAAUGCAGAGACUGUGACUGCUCAAGCUAGGGACGGGUUAAGUUUUGGAAUUAGUGGAGGAAGUGUUGGGAUGUGUGCUAGUCAUGAGGCAGAAAUUCAUGGUGCUGAUGUAUCUGUCCAUAGAGCAGAUAGUGUAGUUGGUGAUGUCGAACCUAGAGUAGAAGAUGCUGAAAAUCAGGGCCAGACAGGUGAAUCUGCUCCAGAUCCUGGACUAAUGGAUGAGAUUGUCCCUGAUGAAAUUAAUAGGGAGGAUCCCCAUGGUGAUAGCCAGGAAAUGUUAUCUAGAUCUGUUGGAAGGGCUGAUAGUGGCUCAAAAAUUGAUGGCUCUGCUAAGACUGAAUCUGCUGAAAGUGGUGAAAAGAUAAGUCAAAGUGGCAAGUUAGUACCUGAGAACAAUACCCGUCCUUCUCUUUCUUGCAACGCAAAUAUGUUCUCUGGUUAUGAAACAACCAAGAAAGAGGUCAUGAAUGCUGGGAUUCCAAAAGGGGAAAGCAAUUAUGAAGAAGCCAUGGAAUUUGAUCCAAUUGUCCAUCACAACCAGUUUUGCCCCUGGGUGAAUGGAAAUGUUGCAGCUGCUGGUUGUAGUAGCUAUUGUUCCAGCACCAGUGGGGAUGCUAUUGCAAUUUGUGGGUGGCAGCUGACCCUAGAUGCACUGGAUGCUUUGCGAUCACUGGGAAAUAUUGCAAUUCAGACGGUACAGUCUGAGUCAGCAGCAUCUUUGUAUAAGGAUGAUCACCGGACCCAUGGCCAAAAGGUCCUUCGUCACCACUCUAUAAGUAGAAGCCACGGGCAGCUUUGAGAUUCAAUCUGAAGAGUGAGAGUCAUUCCAAAAAGCAGAUGAUUUUGACUUUUUAAAGUGAUUGCACAAUGGUUUUCUUUAGUCAUGUAUCUUUUUCAAUUAAACUUUAUUGCAUUAGUUUGAUGUUGCUGCUUCUUGAAAACAAAAAAAUAAUGAUCCUUAUACUGAGUCAAGAGAUGAUUAUGAACCUCCAACUCUGCUUUGUCUUUGCUAGUGCAUUGACUCUUUGUGGUAAUUUAAUGAAGUGUUUAUUUGUGGAACA